UGUGAGGGGUAGAGAAAUCGAUAGGUGGCAGUAGUGCAACAAUGUGGAUGCAAGCCGCCAAUAAACACCGCAGAAUAAGACGACGUCAUUAGUGCGCGACGCUGCGUGCAGGGCUGUGAAGGACGCUGACAAGAAGCCCGAAAUGAAAUAAAGAUCUGUCAGGAACACGUUGCUGUUGAUGGCGUUGUCCUGUCUAACUCGAGCUCUGCGCUCAUUGACGGUCUCCCAGCCUGCUCUGCUCUCCUCCGAGGCAGUUGCUCAGACUAAGCUGAGAAACCAUGUGCCCAUUACGCUUGGACAGUGCAGAGGCUUCCUCACCACAGCCCCUCUGGAGCAGAACCGGACAUAUUGGAAACAGAGGGAGAAGUACACAAUCAGGCCUAUAGGAAUGAAAAAGACUGGCGGCAGAGACCACACGGGAAAAAUACGGACGCACGGCAUCGGUGGCGGCCAUAAACAAAAAUACAGGUGGAUCGACUUCCAGCGAUUACGAUAUGAAUCUGGCAAGGAAGCCCAACCUUUUGAAGAGAAGGUUGUGGAAGUACGAUACGAUCCCUGCAGAUCUGCCGACAUCGCCCUGGUGGCUGGAGGCAAUCGUAAAAGAUGGAUCAUAGCUACAGAGAAAAUGCAGGCUGGAGACAUCAUUAAGACGUCUGCAGUUAUUGGACGCAUGGCAGUCGCAGCCAAUGAUGGUGACGCCUACCCGUUGGGUGCUCUUUCUGUGGGGACACUGGUGAACAACCUGGAAAUACAACCAGGGAAAGGAGCAGAGUACAUUCGUGCUGCAGGAACAAGUGGUGUUUUGCUCCGUAAAGUAAAUGGAACAGCAAUCGUCCAGCUUCCUUCAAAGCAGCAGGUUCAGGUACUGGACACCUGCAUGGUAACUGUAGGACGCGUGUCCAACGUUGACCACAACAAAGAAAUCAUCGGCAAAGCUGGUCGCAAUCGCUGGCUUGGGAUUCGCCCUUCGAGUGGUUUGUGGCAGAGGAAGGGAGGCUGGGCAGGACGCAAGAUUAAACCUCUCCCUCCGAUGAAAAGUUACAUCAACCUGCCCUCGCUAUCGACCGUAUAACAGCAGGAGUCUGAUGUGUUAAGGACUGUAGGAUGAUGGCAUCAGUUUGGUCCUUGCAGUGAACUUGCAUUGGUUUUUGUGGAGAGAAAAAUUAAAGGCAAACGAUUUGUACAGAAGAUUAAAAACUUUUAUUAAACACAA